ACGACAUUGAUGUAAAUGACGAACGCAUAUAACGCAGGUUCAUCUCUUCUUCUGGAUACCAAGUUCGGGGGAAAAAUUGCGUUCGAGGGCGAAUCUAGCCGACAAAUGAUUAGCUGUUCCUCCCCUCCGGUGGCCUCCGGCCGCGGCCUUCGCCUCCUCGUCGUGCUGUUCCUACUCUUCACCGGCACGGCCGUCGGAUGCUAUACUUCCAUCUUCAGCUUCGGCGACUCGAUCGCGGACACCGGAAAUGCGAUAAACAGCGGCAUCAUUGUCGAGUCUGUCCGCCAUCUUCCGUACGGCCAGACUUACUUCGGCCACGCCACCGGCCGCUUCUCCGAUGGCCGACUUAUCGUCGACUUCAUAGCGGAGGCGAUGGGACUGCCGAUGCUGCGCCCGUAUCUCGCAGGAGGGAACGCCGAGGACUUCCGGUACGGGGCGAAUUUUGCCUUCGCAGGAGCCACCGCGCUCAACGCCAGCUUCUUUGAGGACAAGGGAUUUCAGUUUUCGCCCAUGGAGUACUUCUUGGGUGUUCAACUUGAGUGGUUCAAACAACUACUGCCUAUACUCUGCUCCGAAUCAAACUCUAAGGACGUAUUAAGCAAUUCUCUGAUCUUAAUGGGCGAGAUCGGAGGCAAUGACUACAAUUAUGCAUUUGCUCAAAAGCAAAGCAUACAAGAGAUACGAACUUAUGUACCAAGUGUUAUCGAUGCUAUUCGUCAGGCAGUCGAGGUCUUGAUCCAACUUGGGGCAACUACACUGGUUGUUCCAGGGAAUUUCCCAAUUGGAUGUGUACCAGCAUAUCUUUCAGAUUACCAGAGCACAGUAGCUGAAGAAUAUGACCCACAAACAGGCUGCAUAAGCUGGUUGAAUGAGCUGUCUGAGUACCACAAUAGCAUGCUUCUGGAUGAACUCAAUCAGCUUCGAAAAGUUUAUCCACAUGCCACAAUCAUAUAUGCUGAUUAUUAUGAAGCUGUCCUGAAUAUACUCCGCUCUCCCCAACAAUUUGGAUUUAAGACACCUCUUGCUGCCUGUUGCGGAAGUGAUGGCCUCUACAAUUUCAGCUGGUCCAAAAUGUGUGGUACUCAAAUGUCAAAGGUGUGCAGCGAUUCAUCGGAUUCUUUGUCAUGGGAUGGGAUUCACUUUACAGAUGCAGCUUACAGCACCAUCGCUCUCAGCUUAUUGGAUGGAACCUAUGCUUAUCCUUCAUUCACUGAAGCAUGCACAAACUUUCAGCAGAAUGCAGCUCUCUCACAAUAGUAUGCUCUUUCAUCGACUGCUAAGUAGUUUAUUAAGGUGUUCUUCACCUUGUUUGCAAGCCAAUAAAUUGUUAUUCCCUCCAAAGCUCGACAUUUUGCCCAAAAGACAAACGUCAUAAGUGGCAGCAGCUAUAAUAUCUCAGCCAUGUUCUGUCUCAAUGUAGUUCAUAACAUUCUAUUACAUCUAUCAACAUAAUCUUUUAGAUGAUUUA